AUGAGAUUAGCAGUGAAGUCAACGAUCUUGAGCGUUCUUUUGCUCGCUUCAACCUUGCCUCAAAAUGAGGCUGCCAUGCCUAUAUCGCAAGAAUUGAGACUGCGAUCUUUCAGGGAAAAAUCUUUCCUUCAAACUACUCUUGACAUCCGAGGAGGUGCCAAACGAAAGUCUCGAACAGCGUCUCUGUCAAAGACUUCCAAGACAGUCACAGGAAAGAAGAAAGUUGGAAGCAAAGAUAAAACAAAGAGUGCUGCUGGUGAUUUGAUGACAAAAUACAAAUCUAUGCUACCAUUGACCAGGAUUUAUAUCACCAUGGUUGGAUUUUGUACUCUUCUUGGGCUAGUCCUUGGAGAUGAAAUCACACAGGCAGUCCUUGCGCUUGAUCCGAUGUCAACUCUAUUUGGUAUGCAAUAUUGGAGAUUCAUUUCGGCUGCUUCUUUCUUGGGAAAACCAUCCAUUAGCUGGCUGAUGAGUGGAUACUAUUUGUUCCAAUACGGAACAUCGCUGGAACGUGCAUAUGGUGCACCGCAAUAUUUGGUGUUCUUGUUGACUCAAAUGGUACUGCUGUCUUGCUUGAGUAUCGUUACUGGGCAACCGUUCUUUGCCGCCUCAAUGAUCACUGCCAUGCUUCAUGUUCUGAGUCGAGCCAUGCCCACGGAAAAGGUCAACUGGUUGAUUUUCAAAGUUCCAUACUGGUCUCUUCCAUAUGGAUUGAUGGCGGCUGAUGUUCUGCAGGCCCAAAGUGCGUCUGCUGCUGUUCCACACAUCACAGGUAUUCUUUCUGGUCAUUUCUACCACUUCAACCGUUUUGUUUGGCCCAAGACUGGCGGACAAGACUGGUUGGUUGCACCAGAUUUCUUGGUUCGAAAAUUGGAUCCAAAUGCUGCGGAAGCAGACAGUGCGUCCAAGAAAUCCAUAAACAAAGCUUUGAAGUCCAGAAGAAAGGGGAAAGGAAAGAAGCUUGGCGGCAAGAAGUAA